AUGAAAUAACCAUUUAUAAAUCACAAUUAUAGGGUUUAAUUUAAGCAUCCUAUCAACAUACAAUAAGAAGGUCUCAUAUAAGAAAUAAUACCCAGUCGCAUUUCACUUUUCAAAACUAUUGUAUUUGCCUUCCUAUCCCUCAUCACUUGUGGCUUACUCUAUUUAGUUACAAGGUGGGACUUAAGAAUUUUCCUAUUUUUCCGUGCCAAGAAGUGUGUUCCCAAUUCCGCAACUCACUUUUUGAUAAUAGGUCAAGGUAAGCAAAUUCGUUAAUCUCUUUUAGAUUAAUCCCAAACCCUGGUUAAAUCGAAUCGUUCCAAAGAUGGAAUUUUGUUUAUUGAAUAUCGAUUAUAUAGGUACUAAUACACAGAAUUUGGAUUCGAUCCUAUAGAAACUAAAUAUCAGACUAUGGUCUAGUAAGAUAUCAGGCAGUAAACGAUAAAUCGAAUUGAGUAGCUGGACAUAUUUGGAUGCAAUAACACUGAAAUUCCAGACAAAGGAAUCGCAAAGACUCUUAUUGAUGAAGUCUUGAGCCCGUUCUAUAUCUUUUAGUUUUGUUCUGUGCUGUUGUGGUUUUGGGCAUCAUAUCAGCGAUAUGCAACAGUAAUUUUAAUUACAUCAUUAAUUUCAAUAUUUAUGACACUUUACGAAUAAAGAAGGAGUUUCUAUCGCUUAUAGUAAUUGUCCAAAUUUAACAUUCCAGUCCAAAUAAUAGAUGAACAAUAAGUGAAGGAAAUUGAAUCCACAAACUUAGUACCUGGUGAUAAGUUGGUAAUAAAGGAUGGUAUGAUAAUGCCAUGUGAUGCGAUUCUAUUAAAUGGUUAGGUCAUAUUUAAUGAAGCUAUGUUAACAGGAGAAUCCAUCCCUGUUUUGAAGACUGAACUUCCAAAUAAUAAAGAAGUUUAUGAUCCUUAAGAUUCAGGCAAAUAAUUUACCUUGUUUGCAGGAACAACCUGUAUGGAAACAAAAGGUUCAGAAGUAAUUGCUUUAGUUACUCAAACAGCAUUUAAUACUCAGAAAGGACAAUUAAUUAGAUCGAUAAUGUUUCCAGUUUAGAACUCAUUUAAAUUUUAUGCUGAUUCAAUGAAAUUUGUCGGAAUAAUGGCAAUUUUAGCAGUGAUUGGGUUCAUAAUAACAGUGCCUAAUAAAAUUGAAUAUCUCUUGGAUGAUUCAAUAUCAACUUGGGAAUUCAUCAAUGAAGGUCUGGAUUUGAUUACAAUUACUGUUCCGCCAGCAUUGCCAACUUGUUUACAAAUAGGUAUAAGUAUAGCCUUGGCAAGAUUGAAGAGUUCUAAAAUAUUUUGCAUUUCACCUUAAAAAGUGAACAUCAGCGGAAAAGUAACCAUAAUGUGUUUUGAUAAGACAGGCACUCUAACAGAAGAAGGAUUGGAUAUGUAUGGUAUUCGAAUGAUAGAGAAUCAGAGAUUUUCAAAGAUUGUAACAUCAAUUGAUGCUAAUACUGAUGUUAAUUUUAUCAAAGGAAUGGCUACUUGUCAUGGGUUAUCGUAAGUGAAAGGUAAGUUAGUGGGUGAUCCAUUGGAAUUGAAGAUGUUUGAGUCCACAAAUUGUGAAUUGAUAGAAGAGAAGGAUGGUAGAAUAAGGAUUAGAAAUAAUGAUAGAAUCAAUGUGGAAAUAAUGAAGAGAUUCGAGUUUUCAUCCAAAUUACAGAGAAUGUCAGUGAUAGUUAAAGAGAAUGGAUAAUACAUCGCAUAUAUGAAGGGAUCGCCUGAGAAGUUAAGAUAGUUGUGUAACAAUUAGUCGAUUCCGUAUAAUUUCCAUUAAGUGUUGGAUUUUUAUGCUCUGAAUGGAUUUCGAGUAUUAGGAAUGGCAUAAAAGUAAGUAUAAUCAAUAGAUAUGGAUCGCCAUGAAGUAGAAUCAAAUUUAAACUUUAUAGGGUUUAUUAUAAUGGAAAACAAAUUGAAACCAAUUACAACCAAGAUUAUCAAGUAGUUGAAGGAUUCUCACAUCAGAUCAAUAAUGGUUACUGGUGAUAAUGUAUUAACUGCUAUUAGUGUGGCAAGAUAAUGUGGAUUGAUUGAAAAUUAGAGAGUGUAUUUGGGAGAAUUGAGUGAGAAGAAACUGAAUGGAAAGUAUUAUGUAUCUUGGAAAGACUUUGAAUAUAAUUAGAAUGAAUUGAACGAAGACACUUUAGAACCACAAUAAUAAAUAAUUAAUAAUCUGAAUGAAAUCGAAAAGGAUGUAGAUGUUCAGUAAGACUUCGAAUAUUUAAAUUAGAGAUCAUUCUCUAAAAAUUUAGUGAAAAAUAAAUCUUUGCUGGAAGAUCCACCUCCUGUGAACGUUUAAGUUGAUAAUAUUAGUGAAAUUUAUACUGACGGAGAUUUCAUGGAAGAACAACCAUGGAAUGAAAAUGAGAAUUACAUUUUAGCUAUUUCAGGUGGUGCAUUUAUGCAUUUAAAUAAAUAUGGAUCAUAAGCAACUCUUAAUAAUAUUCUUGAAAAAACAAUUGUCUAUGCUAGAAUGCGACCAGAAGAAAAAGCUAAUUUAAUUUAAUAGUUAUAGAAACAUAAAUCAUUGCCUUUAAUAGGGUUCUGCGGAGAUGGUGCUAACGAUUGCGGAGCCUUGAAAACUGCUGAUGCAGGAAUUUCAUUAUCAUAAGCUGAAGCCUCAAUCGCUGCACCAUUUACCAGUCAAAUCUAAGACAUCUCAUGUGUUCCAAUUUUAUUAGCUCAAGGCAGAGCAGCCUUGACUACUUCAUUCUGCUGUUUCAAGUUUAUGGCAUUAUAUUCAAUGAUCCAAUUCAUCUAAGUGACUAUACUCUAUCUAAAGCAAUCAAAUUUAACAGAUAAUCAAUAUCUUUACAACGAUCUAUUUACUAUAUUCCCUUUAAGUAUGACUAUGGGGUUAGUCUAGGCAGCUAAAAUCAAUAAAUUUGUACCAGGAUCUUCAUUAAUAAGUUUCUCUGUAUUGGGUUCAGUUAUAGGACAAACUAUUAUUUAAUUGGCUUUUCAAUUGGGAGUCUAUUUACUAUUGUUGAAUUAAUCGUGGUUCAUUCCAAAUGAAUAACUGAAUCAAGAGGAUCUCAAUGAUGAUUCCAUGAAGAUUUGUUUUGAAAAUACAACCCUGUUUAUCUUUGGCAAUUUCUAAUACCUUAUGAUAGCCUUGGCCUAUUCAAAUGGAAAACCUUUCAGAAAACCAUUCUAUACCAAUUUCUAUUUCAUAGGAAGUACAAUAUUUCUAUUCAUUCUUGCCAUUGUGUUUCUUCUGAUGAGAAUUGAUUAUAUUGACGACAUUAUGGGGUUCAUUUUCUAGAGUUACGAUGAUCAAUACAUUAUGCCUGAAUCCUGGACGACUCUGUUAGGCAUUAUAGCUAUCAUUAAUGCUGGAAUUACAUUUAUUUAUGAAAAGCUUGUUGUUCCAAAAUUAGUGUUCAAAACAAAAGUGCAAUCAAUACAAUUCUGA